AUGGAUCAGGAUAAUUGUUCAGUAACGUGUUCUGUUACAAUCGAGAGAACUAAUUCACAAGGUUCGAUUUUAAAGAAGACGAAUCAUCGGACAGCAACUUUACGUUUAGUCAGAAAUAAUCUUCGUGAAAUGUUUAUCGAAGUACGCGCAGAGAAAGCAAAUUUAUUGACGAAGCUAACGCUGAAAUCUAUAUCUGUCUUCAACAAGUUUAUGACCGAAGGUAAAGCUUCUAUCAAAUUUAAAGAAGAGAAUUGCACACUGUUUUUGUCAAAUGCACCGACAAUGCAACUAAUCAGUUUUCUGAAAACGAUAUACAUUAAAAUUUCGGGCAACUCGGAUCAAGUAAGGAAAAAUCUAUUAAAAGAAAGACUUCUUUCUAACAAACCGAUCGGCGAGCAUCAAGAAAUUAGUCCCGUUACAAGUGCUGAAAUAAAUAAAGCGAGAGAAGCUAUCGCUAUAUCACGUGCAACAAUAACGACACCAUCUCCUAGCGUUGUUAAAAAGAGAAAACGGUCGAAUGAAAAUUCAUCAAAGUCAUCUACUGCAAGAAAACUAUACGAGAAUCCAACCACAGGGGAAAUUACUGAAGAGCAAAGUAGAAUUCUCGAUGCAGUUAUUAGCGGUACUGGAAAGUCAUUUUUGUUAAAAAAGAUAAUAGCUGCUCUCCCCCCUGAUGUCACGGUAGCUACAGCCAGCACAGGAGUAGCAGCGUGCCACAUAGGUGGUAUAACUUUGCAUCAAUUUGCCGGAAUUGGAUUAGGAACCGCAAAUUUAGACAGAUGCUGUCAAAUGGCUUCACGUAAUUCCUCUGCAACUGCAUGGAGAAAGACAAAACAUUUAAUUAUAGAUGAAAUUUCUAUGGUUGAUGGAGAUUAUUUUGAUAAGAUUGAAGCUGUUGCUAGGCAUAUUCGAAAGAAUGAAAGACCAUUUGGUGGAAUACAAUUGAUAUUAUGUGGAGAUUUCUUCCAACUACCACCAGUCUCAAAAGAAAACAAGGCAAAGUUCUGUUUUCAAAGUAAUGCAUGGAAAAAUUGCAUACAUUUUAAUUUUGAAUUGCAAACUGUUCAUAGACAAAAAGAUCCUGAAUUUAUUAAGAUCUUAAAUAAUAUUAGAAUAGGUAGAGUGACAGAUGAAAUUGCAGAAAAGCUUAAAUCAACAGCUAAACAGAAAAUAGAAAGUAAUGGCAUUUUAGCAACGAGACUUUGUUCUCAUGUAAAUGAAGCUGAAGAAAUCAAUCAAUUUCAGUUAAAUGAAUUAAAAAGUGAACUUAAAACUUAUACAGCCCAAGAUUCUGACCAGUCAAUGACUGCCACAUUGAAUCAACAAUUGGCUGUUCCUGAUAAAUUAGUACUAAAAGUAGGUGCUCAAGUAAUGCUAUUAAAAAAUAUAAAUAUUGCAAGUGGUUUAGUAAAUGGUGCAAGGGGGGUAGUUAUUAAAUUUGCAGAAAGUGUACCUGUAAUUCAAUUUAAAUCAGGCAUCCAAUAUCAUGCAAAAUUAGAAAAAUGGAAUUUAAAAACAAAUACAGGAAAUAUUAUUCACAGGAUACAAGUUCCAUUAAAAUUAGCAUGGGCUUUUUCCAUUCAUAAAAGUCAAGGUUUAACUUUAGAUUGUGUUGAGAUGUGUCUUACAAGAGUUUUUAAUGCUGGUCAGUCAUAUGUGGCUCUUUCGAGAGCACAAAGUUUACAAUGUUUAAGAGUUUUAGAUUUUGAUAACAAGCAGGUAUGGGCUCAUUCAGAUGUGCUUAUGUUUUAUAAAAAAUUUAGAAAAAAUUUACAAGAAAUGGAAAUGAUUCCUUUAGGAAAGAAGCAAAAAAUAUAAUUAAAUGACAUAAGUUAUAUAGAUAAAUUAUAUAAAAUAUAAUUAUAUAUUUUUGAAACAUGUAUUUCAUCGAAAAAUAAUAAGCAAAUAUCUUUCGAUAGUUUAUUAAAAAAAGUAAAAGUUUCUAAAUUUUAUUGCAUACAAUAAUAAUAACAAAGCAUAAAUAUACUUCAUUUUUUUUCCUGUUUGAUAAAUGUUACAAAAUCACGGAUUUAAUCGUCAACAGUUAUUUCUAUUGGUGGUAUAUAACGCCACGUGUGUCCAGCGUUUAUUAAUUCUGAACAAACAACUGGUGUAUUUGGAGUUGACUCUUUACUACUACACUGAAUAUCAAUUUUAUAUUGACCAGUUGUAAAAAAUACUACACGACAUUCGUGAUAAACUCUUCCAUACUCCUGUAACUAAAAAAAAAGAUAAAAAUAAAACCACAAGAAAAACAAUUAUUAGGAUAGUGUAUUACUGUGACAAUAUUUUUAGUGAUAAAGUAACUUACUGCCGGAAGCAUGACUUUGUUUGCACCAGCGAUGGAUAAUCUCGUUUCUAAUUGAUAAUUAUUUACACCAUUAUGAUGAUCUUGAUAAAAAUUGAUAGAUAACAUAAGAUCGCUCAAUGGAUGUUCUAAAGCGUUACAUAUUCCUAUUCCAACACUAACGCAUUCACCUAAAUUACAUGUAAGUUCGUCUUGAGCCUUUACAACUGCAUCAUUUAUUUUUAUUUCUAAAAAGCAUUUAUUAAUUUAAUAGUUAUUAACGUAG